AUGCUCAUUGAAGAGUAUUGUCAAACCUGUGAAAUGGUCCAGUCUUUCUGGGACCAGUACUCAAACAACAAGUCAGCCAAAAACACAGUCAGACCGGCCAUUGAGUGGGUUGUCCUCUUGGACCCAUCAUACAGAAAUGCCGCAAUCGAACUCCUUAUGAAACCUCUCAACACCACCAAAGCAGCAGUCGGCAAAAUGAUGAACGGAAACCCGUACUUGGGCGUCUAUUAUGCGCUUUUCCAGCCAGGUCAUGGAGCCUUCCCGAAGCCAGAUUUUCUUGCGACUUAUCCACAGCAACUGUUUACCAUGGGCUCAGCUUCGAUCAAAUCCAAAGAGCCAACUUUGGUGGACCACCUUAGUCGGAUCGUGGCUUCAGACGUCACCGGAAACAGGGUGAGCAUGGCAAGCGUCUUUGAUAUUGAAACUCUUUGCUUGGCUCAGCUCAGGCUGGAUACCGAUAGGAAAGACCCUGUUCAAACGUUCAAGGACCUUCUCAUCUCUCUUACAUCAGAAAUCAAGGCUUUACCAACGUGGCUUCUGAAGAUGAAGGUUGAUUCGAAUAGGACAUUAGAUGAGAUGCUCGUUCCCACUCGCAGCUAUCUUGACAGUCUGCAAAAGGAUCAGUGGGCUAUCAAGAAGAAGCAUGGUGGCUCCACGUCUAGUGUCCCUUUCUCCAAGUUUCACAGAUACCCUGUUUAUUGUGGUCUGGAAGUACUUCAACUUAGAAUCUUUGGCCAAAACGUUGGUCUGGCUAUUGAGGAGAGGCUGGGUGGCAUCACCGCUGCCAUCCAACUGGGCAACGCAUUGGGCCAGGAGGGACACCUAGAAGGCCUCGACAAGGGCAAUCUCGGCGUCGUUUACAAAGCCCAAAAGCCUUUGAGCCUUUGA